GAGAGAUAGGAGAGAGGCCCUCCUUUCUGCUCUUUCAAGAAGAGACCCUUCUGGAUCUCUCCUUUCUGCCUAGCCGGAGAAACUUCUGGAGGUCCAACCACAGCAAUAAUACCAGCAGACACCACCCGGUUGGAGGACGAGAUCUGAACAGAGACGGGCUUUACAGUAAAGAAGAAAUCCCACAAGCCAACAUGGCUCUGCUGUGCUACAACAAGGGCUGUGGACUGAAGUUUGACGCUGAAAAUAACAAGGACGAUUCCUGCGUCUUCCAUCCAGGUGUCCCUAUCUUCCACGACGCCCUGAAGGGUUGGUCGUGCUGUAGGAAAAGGACAACAGACUUCUCAGAGUUUCUCUCCAUUAAGGGCUGCACCCGUGGGUGCCACAGCAACGUGAAGCCUGAGGAGCCUCUGCGGCCAGAGGUGUCAUCAGAUAAGGGCGACAUUAAACAAACCAACGGCGACGAGAUAAUCUUCCAGGGACCCAAAUCUGCUGAGAAACUGCAAAAAGAGAGACCCAGUUCAGAAGAGCCCAAGACCAAGCUGCCCCACAAAGUGUCUGCAUCGCUGGCUCAGGUGCUGAAGAAAUUGGACAUCAGCACGAAAGCUGAGAAUGAAAGAAAAGAGAGUGAGGUGGUCAUGCCUGGCACCCGAUGCAAGAACCCAGGAUGCAAAACGGUCUAUCAAGGCCCCGAGACGGACAUGGAGGUCUGCACCCACCACCCCGGGGCCCCCGUCUUCCACGAGGGAUACAAGUACUGGAAUUGCUGCUGCAUAAGAACAACAGAUUUCAACGCGUUCCUCGACCAGAAGGGCUGCACCACGGGGAAACACCGCUGGAUCCCAAAGCAGGACAAAAAGAAGGUAGCCUGUCGGCACGACUGGCAUCAGACAGGAAAUAACGUUGUCGUCACGAUUUAUGCCAAGAAUGCAAACCCUGAAUUUUCCAGCAUAGAAGCCAACCGAACAGUGCUCUCAUGCCAAAUCCAGUUUGAGAAUAACAAGGUUUUCAAGAGAGACUUCCACCUGUGGGGCGUGGCCAAUGUCAAGCAGAGCUCAGUCAACAUGGUCCCAUCCAAAGUGGAGAUCAUCCUCCGUAAGGCCGACCAGGUGGCGUGGGGCAAACUAGAGGACCCCAACUACAAACCGGAGCCUGAGCCCGUAGAGGAAUCCUUCAACGAACCCAACGAGUUUUACCACCCUGACCACGACAUCGACGACGACGACAUCAGCGACUCGGACGAGGAGUGGGCCUACGACACAGCACAGAAUAAAAAGCCACAGGAUCAGGCCGCGGACGAGCAGAAGAAGAAGGACGAAGAAAUCCAAAACUUGAAGAGGAAGGAAGUGGAGGAGGAGAUGAGGAAAGCAUUAGAGGAGAAGAAGCGGGCAGAAGAGGAGAGGAAGAAGCUGGAAGAACAGAGGAGGAAGGAGGAUGAGGGAGAAUAUGAAGACAUGCCAGACCUUGAGUAACUCCUCCAGAAAAACAAGGUGAAGAUUGGGUUUGAUUUGCAUCAGUGAGGUAACAUUUUAUUUGACAAUUUAUUAUUUUUGACAUAAUUAGAUUCCAACUCCAUGUUUUGUAGCUACAACUCCGAAUGGAAUGUAACACUGUAUCCUUUAUUUAUUUUUUUAAAUACUGAUUAAAAUAGUGAGUUUUUUUCUCUUAAAAUGUGAAUAUACUCAACUGGAUGUAAUAAAUAAAGACUUG